AUGUUCACGGUUCCUUGCAAGAUUGGAGAUGUCACUUUUAGUAGUGAUAUGCUUGAUCUUGGUGCCUCUAUCAAUGUCAUGCCCUAUUUGGUGUAUGAAUCAUUGAAUGUCGGACCCUUAAGUGAAACCGGUGUCAUAAUCUCUCUUGCGGAUAAAUCAAGUGUCUUUCCUAGAGGCGUUUUGGAAGAUGUCCUAGUGCAACUGAACCAAUUGGUCUUCCGAGAGGAUUUCUAUGUGAUUGAUCUAAAUGAGCAAGUGUCCUCCAAAUCGGCUCUAAUCUUGCUUGGGAGACCGUUUUUGAAGAUGGCUAGGACGAAGAUCGAUGUGUAUGCGGGAAGUUUGACAAUGGAUUUUGAUGGUGAAACAAUAAGUUUUAAUAUUUAUGUUGCCAUGAGAUAUCCUAGUGAUGUUUCAUCUUUGUACUUUGUUGAUGUUGUCGAGCCAAUUACUCAAGAAUUGUUCGAGUUAUCUAACGGUGAUAUAUUGGAGACGAUCUUAAGCAAAGGAUUCGAUUGUGGGAAGCUAGCUGAGCAAUUAAAGCUUUAUUCUUUGGAUCCGGAAGUUGAGAAGUUGGUAAAUAAAAUGGAGAUGCAGAAAUCCACAAGAUUAGAUGUCAAGCAAGUUGAAUUGCCCCCAACUCAUACAAAAUUGCCCUCAUCCCUUGUUCAACCACCCGAAUUGGAAUUGAAGUUCUUACCUCAACACUUGAAGUAUGCCUAUUUGGGAAAGAAUGAAACCCUUCUAGUUACCAUUUCAACUCACUUAACCGAAUUUGAAGAAGAACAACUCGUCAAGGUGUUGAAGGAGCAUAAAGAAGCCAUGUGA